UUAUAUAAACACAACGAACCAAAGAGAACACAACAGACUUUAAAACACAACCAUGAGUCACGUGGACGUGGACAACCUGAAGCCCUCGCGCUUCGAAGACGAGCACUACGACCAAUAUGAAUAUUACAACUUAACGGACAAGUACACGGAAGGCUCGGCCCGCAAAGGCCGCACGAAGAAGGAGGCCAGCGACAACACCAACCGACCCAACCCGUCCGGGCACGAGCGCAAGAUCGCGGUGAAGCUCCAGAACGCGCACAAGAAAGCCAAGCACUGAGCGGCGAGGGCGACUCGGACGGCUUGCCCCGGACCCCGACCCGGACCCUGACCCGGACCGGACCCGGACCCUGACCCGGACCCUGACCCGGACCCCGACCUCCUGAAGGUUAGACCCGGCGGGCGUGAAGAGGAGCCCACAGAUCCAGGGAGGAAGAGUCUGUGGCUCCUCCCCCUGCUGGUUGAUGGGGAGCACUCACCUGCUCACCUGUACCUGGUCCUGCUUGGACCACAAGGGUGCACGUGGGAUCCAGGGGUGCUGGUUUGGUUUCUUUUUUUUAAAAAGGUGUUUUUAUUAUUAAAAGUAUUCUAAAAUAA